GUGUGUGUGUGUGUGUGUGUGUGUGUGUGUGUGUGUGUGUGUGUGUGUGUGUGUGUGUGUGUGUGUGUGUGUGUGUGUUUGUUUUUACAUCGUUGUGUGGACCGCAGCAUGUUAGCACACUCACAGUGUGGGGACCAAAAUUUAUGUGGGGACCAAAACCUGGUCCCCACAAAAAUUACUUCAUUUUCAGUGUAAAGAAGCUCAAAGAAAUGCCCUGUCAAAUUUUCAGCAUGGACCCCAUUAUACCGGCAUUGGACAAAAUGUGUGUAAGUGUGCUUAGGGAGGAGUAACUCAGUACUGCCUACUAGGGGCAUGUGGUGGUAUUGCAGGAACACACACUUGUAGCUUUAGAACACACACUGCGCCCAACUGAGCAUGCUCAAACAGCUGGCGGCCAUGAUGGCUAAUAUCUAGAUUAGCUGCUAACUAGCUAGCUAAUUAAUUGUAAAACAAAUUGACUAUAAUUGGAACUAGUUGGUGAUGUACAACUAUAUUAUUCACAAAGAAUUUUAGACUACACUGACUACAGUUUCAGAUAAACUAAUACACAUUAUUUUUAUCGGUUUACACAAAAGUAGAGGUUAAGGAAUUAGCCAUUUACAUGAUAUGAUUUGCGAUUAGCUAAUGAGAUAACUGGUGGAACAGGACAAGUAGAUCUUCAUAUAUAAGAACUUCACAGAAAAAAAGUCAACUUAUUCUGUAAAUGUAACACAGCCAUCUUGUUGUAAUCAAAACUAAUAAGUCUCUAUGAAAUGCUAGCUAAUACUUAUCGGACGAAAAAUAAUAACAUGCAUUUGUGUAUGCUGACAUGCCUGGUGGGUGGAACUGGGGAGGCAAUACUAAAACAUUGUCACCACCCAUGCAAGAUGCGCUCACUAUUCAAACAAGUAUCCCUAAAAAGUGUUAGCAUAGGACGAAGAAAACUGAUUAGUAAGAAGCACAUGGUGAAGAAAGAAGCCUCAAACAGACGUGCAACAGGGAUAUUACUGUAAGGGUAAGUCAAGCCUACAGAUAUAACCAAGUUAAGUCAACAUUAAAACCAAUAUGAUGUUUCUAAAACACUAGUUGUUUAUUUUUUUUAUUAUUUUAGUCCUUUUGGCUAGCUAGCUAGCUAACUAGCUAGGAAUGGCAUGCUAGCAAUGUGCCCAACUAGGUUACCUUUAAUUUAUUACUUCAUCCAAGCAUCAUGUACUUGAUUUAAAACACCAGUUAGGAUUCUUUUAUUAAUAAAAAACGAACUGUAAUUAAUAUCACACAGUGGACAUAGUUAGCCCUAUUGGUUGAGAUUUUUAUUGUUAUUUAGCUCAGUAUACUGUAAUUUAGAUUGAAUUGAAGCUACAUUAGAUAAUGCGGUUAAUUUAGGUACCUGUAUGACUGUUCUUAGGUUUAAAACUAGCUAACUAACUUACUAUAAAUCCUAUACUAGCUUGUAUGUGGUAACUGCAGCCUACACAGCAUUAAGUCAUAUUCCAUUGGUUACAUUGGUAUUUUGAAUGCAGGAAUAACAAUGGCCACAAUAAGACGAAGGAACACGCCAUUAAAAGAUGCUAUUGCACAUGCUACCAGGGCCAUUGACAAGGCAAGAGAGUUGGAGGUGAAAUAUAUUAACUCUUUUAAAGGUCGAGGCUUGUUUGCAAAGGUCCCUUACCAAAAGGGAGACUUUAUAGUUGAAUAUAGAGGAGAACUAAUCAGUUCACAAGAAUCUGAAAGGAGAAGGGGGAUUUACCAUAGUAAAUGCACUGUUUUUAUGUUUGACUUCUGCUGGAAAGAAAGAAUGUGGUGUAUUGAUGCAGCGCAAGAAGAUGACAGUCUUGGAAGACUAGUCAAUGAUGACCACAUCUAUCCAAACUGCAAAAUGAAGAGGGUCAUAGCAGAGGGCAAGCCACAUCUUUGUCUUUUUGCUCUGAGAGACAUUAAGGCUGGAGAAGAAAUAACGUAUGACUAUGGGGGAUCUGAUUGGCCUUGGAGAAAACAGGCUAAAGUGCAAGAAACUGCAUCUGAUACACUGUCAUCAGAGGAGGUUCCUCAGAGUCCUUCCCCCUCCAAGAUGCAGGCUAAAGUGCAAAAUACUGCAGCUGAUACAAUGUCAUCAGAGGAGGUUCCUCAGAGCCCUUCGUUCUCCGAGAUGCAGGCUAAAACACAAGAAACGGGCGCUGAUACACUGUCAUCAGAGGAGGUUCCUCAGAGCCCUUCCGUCUCCGAGAUGCAGGCUAAAACACAAGAAACUAGCGCUGAUACACUGUCAUCAGAGGAGGCUCCUCAGAGCCCUUCCGUCUCCGAGAUGCAGGCUAAAACACAAGAAACUAGCGCUGAUACACUGUCAUCAGAGGAGGUUCCUCAGAGCCCUUCCGUCUCCGAGGUGCAGGCUAAAACACAAGAAACGGGCGCUAAUACACUGUCAUCAGAGGAGGUACCUCAGAGCCCUUCCCUCUCCCAUAUGCAGGCUAAAACACAAGAAACUAGCGCUGAUACACUGUCAUCAGAGGAGGUUCCUCAGAGCCCUUCCGUCUCCGAGGUGCAGGCUAAAACACAAGAAACGGGCGCUGAUACACUGUCAUCAGAGGAGGUACCUCAGAGCCCUUCCCUCUCCCAUAUGCAGAGAAUGUGGAUGUACAUGAGGACAAUGACAGUGGAGCAGCAUGUGGGUCAGGGUCACAAGAGAGUGUGGAUGUACUUGACGACAGCAUCAAUGGGGCAGCAUGUAAGUCACAAGAGUGUCUGGUUAAAUGUAAUCAGACUGAAGAUGGCAAGGCUACACUGACGGAUGUUAGUGAUUCAGCACCACAUCAAAGUUUCAUGGCUACAACACAUCAUAAGUCACCAAAACAAAUAGGUCGCCAAGUUUUCAAAAGAAGGAAAUGGGAGAAUGAAGAGGUACAAGUUGUUGAAAGACAUCUGAUGCACUUCAUUACCUCAUGCCGUGUUCCAGGAAAACUUGAAAUUGAUAAGUGUCUUGGGGUUGAAAAUGUGGCGCUGAAAGACAGGGACUAGUUGUCCAUGAAGUUUUAUGUCAAGAACCGUAUAACAGCUUUGAAAAGAAAGGCCUUUGAAACUGGCCUCUGAAACACAGUUCAAUAGUAACUGUUCAAUUGUUUGUCUAAAGCAGCGUUUUUGUUUACAAUGCUGUAACUGAAUAAUUCUUAUAUUUGAAUGACUACCUUUUUGUAGUAUUAUUAUAUUUUUAUAAACAAAUCUUCUAUAUCAGAAUAUGAAUCUGAUCUUUUUUUUUUCUACAGAAGUUCAAGGUAAAUACCAGUAACUAAUGUUCAAAUAAAAUUAUGUGGCUUACACAA